UCCAAGCGGGCAAAAAAUUGCAACAGAAAUGGCUAUGAAAAACCCUGGAAACCCGCUAAUAAUUAUAGCAGAAGGCCUCUCGCAGAAAUGUCAAACAGUUCAUCCGACGAAGAAGAAGAAACAGAAGAAGUUUUACCAGAAUGGGUAGAGGUUCCAGCCCACUGCGCUCUACAGGGCGCCAAAGUGAUUAUCACCACACCAACGCAGUGGUGGACUAUAUGGCAGACUUUUUAGGCAGAAGAAAGCUUUUUGAUGACCUGAAGCGCCUACUUAAGGAAAUGUCUGCGAGUGGAUCAAAUCUUGUGACCUCCCGGACUGCCUCCAUUGCGGUAAGGUUUUUGGGUAGGGCUGGCAGAAUUCAAGAGGCUUUGUGGGUGUUUGACGAAAUGGAGAAAGAGUUUAAUUGUAGGCCUGAUAAUUUGGUUUUUAACAAUGUGCUUUAUGUUCUGUGCAAAUGUAGUGCUGUGGAGGAAGGGCAUUUGGUUGCUUGUGUAGAAAAGGGUUUGUUGGUUUUGAGAAAAAUGGAAUGCCCGGAUAGUUUUUCUUACAGUAAUGUGAUUAUCGGUUUGUGUAAAAUUGGUAGAGUAGAGCAGGCAUUGGGAAUUUUUGAGGAGAUGUGUCGCAAUGGUAUUAGGCCUACAAGAAGUGCUGUCAAUAUACUCAUUGGAAACUUAUGUGACGCAAAUAAGAAAAACCCUUUUAUUCAGAAUGUGAAAGUUUUGGGUUCAUUGGAUAUUUUGGUGCCCAAUCUCUCCAAUAAAAAUCAUCUGGAGUCAGCAAAGGGGGUGUUUUCAAAGGUUGGAGAAUUAGGUCUUUUUCCUAGUGCUUUUGUUGUAAAAAUGCUCAUUGACGAGGUUACCAGUUGUGGGAAAGUAGAAGAGGCCUUGAAAAUUUUUAACUUGGUGUUGGACCGAGGACUGAGACAAGAUGAGGAAACUCAUCACAUAAUCCUGCAGGCAUUAGUGAAUGUUGGAAGAAUUGAGGAGGCUCAUCGAAUAUUUUCUAAGAUGAUAGCUGAGGGUCUAAAGCCUAAAUUUUUUACAUAUAACUUAGUAAUCAGUGCUCUUUGCAAAGGUGGGUAUCUGAAGGAUGCGGAGGAAUACUUUUAUUUGAUGAAGAAGAAACAAAUCCCUCCAAACAAUGUGAUAUAUACAGCAUUGAUCCAUGGGCAUUGUAAGGCUGAUAAUUGGCAAGCAGCCGUUGCUUGGAUGGAUGAGCUUUUGGGAUUGGGGUGGUGUCCUCAUUCUCCUACCGUUGCUCUUGUUGACAGUCUUCUGAGAAAAACAAAGAAACAUGACAUAGCCGAUAAACUGUGGCAGAAAAUUGAGUGCCUCCGCAUACAUAAGGAUUGUAAGUCUGGCAAAUGGGAGGCAGCUUACCGGAAUGUCAAUAAAAUGCUAGAAAGAGGGUUUUCUCCUCAAGUUUACACUCUUGAUCUUGUUGAUCGCACUCUCCGGAAAGCAGCCAAAUGGGAAAUGGCUCAAGAACUGCUUCAGAAAGCAGAGCGAAUAAUGGCUGAGUGAAACACUGCAAUUUCAGUGUCCCUCAAUUAAUUAAAGGCCUUGCUUUCCAUUAUUGUAGACAUCCAUCCAUGUUAUGUCAUUUCUAUAGAUCUCUAAACUGUGCCUCUGAACGCUAACCGCUACACUUCAAUCACUAGAUAAUAUCUAUUUUGUUAAUUAAAUUUCUUUCUGAGUCAACAAAGGGGGUAUUCUAAAGGUUGGAGUCAUAGGCAUGUUUCCUGGUGCUUUUGGUGUGAAAAUGCUCGUUGAUGAGGUCACUGGUUGUGGGAAAUUGGAAGAGGCCUUUAAAUUUUUUAACGUGAUGUCAGAUCAAGGGUUGAGACAGGACGGGGAAACUUAUCAAAUAAUUCAACAGGAAUCAUUGAAUGUGUUAAGAAUUGAGGUGGCCUGGUAAUAUUUUCAAAGAUGAUAGCGGAGUGUCAGAAGCCCUAAAUUUUUUCAUAUAAUUUGGUAAUCAGUGCUCUUUGUAAGGCUAGGCAUUCAAAGAUUGCAGAUGGCUUUUUUUAUGUGAUGAAGAAGAAACAAAUCCCGCCAAAUAAAUACUGCACUGGUCCAUGGGCAUUGUAAGGCUAUAUUGGCAAGCAGCUGCUGCUUGCAUGGAUGAAUCUUCAGGAUUGGGGUGGUGUUCUCACUCUCCCACUGUUGAACUUGCUGACAGCCUUCUAAAGAAAACAGAGAAGCGUGUCAUAGCUGAUAAGCUGUGGCAGAAAAUGUAAUGUCUCCACAAACAUAAGGAUUGUAAGCCCGGCGAAUUGGAGGCAACGUACUGGAAAAUCAGUAAAAUGCUAGGAGGGUUUUUCCCUCAAGUUUACUAUCUCGAUCUUGUUGACCAUGCUCUCUGGAAAUCAAUCAAAUGGAUAAUGGCUCAAGAAUCGCUUCACAAAGUAGAGCAAAUAGUGACUGAGUGAAACAAUGCAAUUUCAAGACCCCUGGAUUAAGGGCUUUGCUUUCCACUGUUACAGACAUCUGUCCAUGUUAUGUCAUUUCAUAUAACUUCAUAAAAACUGUGGUCCUGAACACUUAUUGCUACUCUUUUAACCACGAUAUCAAAACCUGUUUUGUUAAUUAAAUAUCUUUGUUAAACAUUUAAUAGGGUAGAUGGUUAGGAUGCUUUCUAUUGUUAAUAUUGAGCAGCCAUUUUGGAUAGCCAUCGAGACAAAAGGCUGGAAUAGCAUUGAAUAUUUUUUCAGCAGAUCUGAAGGUCCACUAAGUGAGGUUCAUUUUCCUUCCUAAGCAAAUAUUGAGCUUAGAAAACCUGAGUUAGGCUUAUGUAGUUGCAGCUUGUGUGACCAUAAUGCACAUAUCAAAGAAUCUUAGAUAAUUUCAAUAAACAUGAUCGAAUCAAAACAUGCUUUGACUUUUUUUCAUGAUUAGAGUUUAGUAUCAUGGGAUUGUAAUGUGAAGUGAACAAGAAACAGGGUGCUCUUUGAAAACUUUCAAAUUAAGUGUUUCUCAGUGCCAUUUAAGAUCUCAUUUCCAAUAUUAGCAUGAAAAUUCAGUUGGACCCAUCAAUUUAAAUGGUUUUCCAAAAGCAGUGCUUUUAAGUUUGUUUCAAAGAACUUUUACCAUGUGUAUGUUUAUAGAUCAGACUUACAAGUACAUGAAAGUGGAGGAAGUAUUGACAAAAUCUUGAACCUUACUGUUGAUGAAAUGGAUUUAUCAAUAUUGUGCAUGGGCACAUGGUGUUGGUGAGUUGCACAUUGGAUGUUGAUGUGUUGGUUGAGUUGGCCAUUGGUGAAGGGACUGUUUUGACAUGCAAGGAUGAGGCCCCCCAGUUUGUGGCCUCACCAGCUGGGGCAGUUAAUCCCAUUUUACCAAUUAAAAAAAAAUUAUUUAUCAAUAUCACAGGACCUUGAGCUGGUUUACAAAGUGGGCACAACACAGGGAUCUAUGGCAGGUUUUAGACGAUCUCUGUAUGUUUGAAACUGAGCGAUCUCAUGUAUAAUUUCUUUUUUGGUGCGCUUUGUAGACCUUUGAAUUUCAGAGAUGCAGAUAACUGAGGCAAGAGGAUGAAGGAAACAGUUUCACAUUCUUUAGAAUAUUUAAUGCACUUCUCUAUUUUUCACGUUUAUUUAAGGUUGGGUUUAUUCCUCAACAUGGUCAAUGGGUUGAAAACUGGGUUACAAAAGCUCGAACAAGAAAAAGAUAAAUUGAACUAUUGUUGGUUUCCUCUAGGUGCUUGCACACCAAAUCGAUAUCUGGUCUGAUUCUGAGAACCAUAUAGUUUCUCAAGUUCUGAACAACGAUAGUAAUGGAUAAUAAUGUCUAAAUCAGAUUAUAGGCUGUCAGCAUCCAUUCUGGAUGAAUUUUUAGGAUUGGUGUCAUCUCUUCAAUCUCUGAUUUAGUUCACUUGAUAGCUUUCCCGAAUAAGGCAAUGUUGCAGAUAUUGCAUCACUUUAUAUGCAGAAUGGAUACUGAAAGCAGGCACAUGGAAGCAAGGUAAUCAGGAACUAGAUAGAAUGUUGUGAAGAGUACUCCAGAAAGAAGGAAAGAAAAUUACGCUUAUCAACUAGCUAUAGUUGGAAGAAACCUUUCCAGAAAGCAGGAAAGAAAAUCAUGCUUAUAAUCUAGCUAUAGUUGGAAGAAACCUUUUCAGAAAGCAGGAAAGAAUGUCAUUUAUGAAUUACCAUAGGAAACAGGCAGAAUAUUGUGUCGUUCUCCCCCAGUCAAGCCUUUGAACCUUUCGAUCUCACUCCAGCAUUUGACCAAGCAAGCUGCCUGCAUGCAGAGAAAGCUUAACACAGAAAGCGGGAAGUUGAGAGGACAUACUUUGGGAACUACUCUGGGACAUAGCUGGUGGUUAUAGAGUUUAAGGACAUUCAUUCACCAUUUGAGUAUCAAGGGCUUCCAUUGUGAGUGAAUUUGAAUUUACAUUAAUAGAACUGAACUGUUAAGAACU